GCGGACUCGGGCGGUUCGGGCGGGGAGCGCUGUGCUAGACAACUAACGCGCGCAAUGGAGGAUGAGAGGCAAGCCGGUGACGGGGAAGAAAACCCCAUGUCACCCAAGCCUACGAAGUGGACGCCCAACCAGCACCAUUUGAAAAUCCUCCUCGGUAUGGGAAUUAACCGCAACGCUGCCAUAAAGGCACUGUACUACACUGGUAACCAAGGCCCUGACUUUGCUGCUCAGUGGAUUUUCGAGAACAAUGACGAGGACAUUGAUGCUCCUCUCGAUCUCGAUGCCUCAGAUGAAAGCGACACAGAAGACGAGGAUGCUCCCGAAACAUACAAAAUGGUGUUUGCUGUCAACACUGAGCUUGAGAUGGGCACAGGAAAAAUUGCCGCCCAGGUGGCGCACGCUGUCCUCGGCUUGUACAGGCUGCUUCUGCAAGAUGAGGCGAAGUACGGCAACAUGCUUCUGCUGUGGGAGGAAUACGGGUGAGUGAUAUUUGGGCGCAUAAUCUUGCCACU